AUGACAACUGCUGAACAAGAGAACAGUGACCUUAGGGAGGAGGUUAGUAACCUCAAGGAAGGUAUGGAGAAGAUAACCGCAAUGAUGAUUGACAUGAUGGCCGCACAGGCACAAGCCUCUCAAGCGCAAAAUGCUCAGACCACUCAGGCACAUGUUGAAGCUUCUCAGUCUGCUGGUUCUCCUGCAAUCCAGCCAAUUCCUACCACUUCUGCUGAUACUUCACAACCAAUUCCUACUGGUUCCACCGCAGCUGUUGGUACUACACAACCUUUGGUGACUGACAUGUACAAUUCAGGCUUCCAUCCCGUUGGACCUUCCGGUUUCUCUUUCCCUCCUCAGUACUGUAUGCCGCCAGGCUACCCGUGGGGCAUGCCGCUCGCAACUAAUGAAGGUCUUCGUCAUAAUGCGCCGGAAAUGCAGUUCCCUCUUGGCCAGCAACAAACACCGUUCUACCAGACCGGCCAGCCUUUUCCUCAGGCUACUAUGACUUAUGCUGGACCCCUCGUGCAUGCUGCCCAGCAAGAGGAGGAACAAGUUUAUCAUUCCAAUAGUGUGGCUGGUGAUGAUAGAGUGGGUAACUUAGAAGAGAAGUACGAUGCGGUACAUAAAGAGUUGAAGAGUAUCCAGGGUAAGGAAGUGUUUAGCCAUAAUUUGAAUGACCUCUGCUUGGUUGCGGAUGUGGUUAUACCUCCUAAGUUUAAAGUGCCGACCUUUGAGAAGUACACGGGGAAUACUUGCCCUGAAAUGCACUUAAUCAUGUAUGUUAGGAGGAUGACGGCUCAUAGGAAGAAUGAACCUCUACUCAUCUACUGUUUUCAGGACAGUUUGGCUGGUCCCGCACUCACGUGGUAUAUGAAUUUGAAGGGUAUCACUACUUUUGAGGAAUUGGCUAAUGCCUUCAUCCAGCAGUAUAAAUAUAACUCUUAUCUGGCCCCUAACCGGAAAGAGCUGCAAGCUAUGACUCAGGGUGAUAAGGAAUCUUUCAAAGAGUAUGCCCAGCGCUUCAUUCAGAAAUCUGCUCAAAUUCGUCCGCCUUUGGAAGAAAGAGAAGUGGCUGAUCUGUUCUAUGAGACUCUGAGCCCUUUCUACUCAGAGAAGAUGCUUCUUUGUGCUUCACAGAAGUUUACCGACAUGGUAGACGCGGGUGUUCGUAUUGAAGAAUGGGUCCGUAAGGGACGGGGUAGUAAAGAUGGUACCUCUUUAAGUGGUUAUUCAGGAAGUUUGACAAGUGGGUCAUCCAAUGGUAAUAGGAAGUUCGGAAAUGGGUACCCAAAGAAAAAUCCUCAAGAGGUCGGCAUGGUGGCUCAUGGCGGAUCCCAACCUAUAUACCCCAACUACCCCUAUGUUGCUAAUAUUCCAUCACCCAUCUCAGCUCCGCAAAACCCAAACUAUCAACCACAAAGGCCUCAAGCCCACCGUCCAUAUUAUCCACCACUAUAUCAAUCACAACCUUAUCAGCCACAACCGUUUUACCAACAACCAUACUAUCCCCUUCCACCACAACAACAACAGCCUCGUCAGCCUCGUCCUCCACCACAACAUCCACAGCCUCGUCAGCCUCGCCCUCCAAGAAAUCAAUUCCCUCCUAUCCCUAUGCUACUCUGCAAUUCGAAGCACGAGCUCUUCACCUAUGGCAAAAAGCUACGAGUGCUGAUCGCAGAGAUUCGAAGGAAGAAGAAGGAAAGAAGGGCACCAGGGCACGACAUUGAGCACUGUUACCCUCUCAAAGAUGUAGUCCAAAGAUUGAUUCACAACAAGGACUUAUCCUUCAAUGACCCUGACCCUGUUGCUCCAAACAACCCUCUGCCACCUCAUGGGCCGACCGUUAACAUGAUUGAGAAUUAUCAAGAAGAUGAUCUCGUCACCAACGCUCAAGAUGUCAGAACCCCGUUGGUUCCAAUGCAUGUGAAGAUGUGUAACGUAGGUAUGUUUAGCCACGAUCAUAUCAAUUGUGAGGUGUGUUCUGCGGAUCCCCACGGGUGCAUUCAAGUUCAAAAUGAUGUACAAGGGUUAAUGGAUCAAGGAGAGCUGGUUGUCACAAGAGAAGAUAAGAACAUUUGUGUUGUAAUUCCUGUGUUUAAGGAUAGGACGAAACCAAUUGGUGUUGUUACUCCGAUAUUCAAAGACAAUGUCAAGACAAUUGUCAAUCCUUUGGCUAUUCCAUAUAGCUAUGAAUCUACAUGCAUAGAGGAUGGUAAAGGGGUACUUUUGGGUCCUUCAACUUCAGUAGAUAACAUUGCUGAGAGUAGUCAAAUUCUGAGAAGUGGACGUAUUCUUCCGGCUGUUGUACAAGCAAAGAACAAAGCUCCGGUGAUAGAAUCAGUGCCAAUACCAGAUCCUAGCAAGGGUAAAAGUGUGGGUCAACCUAGUGGAACUGAUAACGAUGAAAUUUUGAAACUGAUCAAGAAAAGUGAUUAUAAGAUAGUGGAUCAGUUAUUACAGACUCCAUCCAAGAUUUCUAUCAUGUCACUAUUGACAAGUUCUGAUGCUCAUAGGGAAGCCUUGAUGAAAGUAUUGAAUCAAGCCUACGUAGACCAUGAUGUGACUUUGGAUCAAUUUGGGAGCAUUGUUGGAAAUGUGACGGCAUGCAACAAUCUGAGUUUCAGUGAGGAAGACCUCCCGGUGGAGGGGAAAAAUCAUAACAUGGCCUUACAUAUCUCUGUUAUGUGCAAAACAGAUUCUCUGUCCAAUGUCUUGAUAGACACUGGUUCUUCCCUCAAUGUGAUGGCGAAGACAACCUUUGAUAAAUUGACGUAUUCAGACGGAUUUAUUAGGCCCAGUUGCGUGUCGGUAAGGGCAUUUGAUGGAUCCAGGAAGACGGUGUGGGGAGAAAUAGAUUUACCUAUCACUAUUGGGCCCCAUGAGUUUAAAGUUACAUUCCAGAUAAUGGAUAUUCAAGCUUCCUACAGCUGUUUACUUGGUAGACCAUGGAUUCAUGAAGCAGGGGUAGUAACAUCCACUCUUCACCAAAAGCUAAAGUUUGUGAGUCAUGGAAAGCUUGUUACAGUGAGUGGGGAAUCAGCUCUUUUGGUUAGCCAUUUGUCGUUCUUUUCCUUCAUUGGUGGUGAAAGCCCGGAUGGAACAUCAUUCCAAGGGUUCUCGGUUGAAAGCGGUACUACAAAAGGUGAAACAUGCAUGGCAUCUCUAAGGGAUGCUCAGAGAGUAAUCCAAGAAGGAAAAGCGGAAGGCUGGGGGCAAUUAGUACAGUUGCCCGAGAACAAGCGCAAAGAAGGUUUGGGUUUCUCUGGCAAUAAGCAAGUGGUGUUCGACCCAACUAGGGGCACUUUUCACAGUGCCGGAUUCAUUAAUACACCACCUAAGACUAAUGCAAUUUUGGAAGAUCAAUCAGAAGAGGUGGCACCUGACUUUGUGACUCCUGAUGGAAACUGCUGCAACUGGAUUGCUGUUGACAUCCCUUCUGCGAUACCUUUUUCUAAACUAAGCAUAAGUGAGCCCGUUGAACGUAGUGACCCUAUGCUUCCGCCCAACUGGGAGUUCCCUGUUUAUGAGGCUUGGGUAGAGGAGGACGAGGAGAUUCCUAAUGAGCUCAGAUGGAUGCUAGAACAAGAAAGAAAAGCCAUUCAGCCUCAUAAGGAAGAAAUAGAAUCGAUCAACCUGGGUACUGAGGAAGAUAAGAAAGAGAUUAAGAUUGGAGCGUCAUUAGAGGCAUCUGUCAAGAAUAGGAUAAUUGAGCUUCUCAGAGAGUAUGAUGAUAUAUUUGCGUGGUCCUACAAAGACAUGCCGGGGUUAGACCCUGAUGUUGUUGAACAUCUUAGGAUUGAGCAUCGCAAGGUGAAGCGUUUCCGUGGCAAGGAAAUUGUUUUGGUGAAGGUGAUUUGGAUUGGACCAACUGGUGCGAGUGCCACUUGGGAAUCGGAGAGUAGGAUGAAAGUUUAG